CAAAUGGCCUUUAUUCCAACAGCCUGAAUACUGCUAAAUCGCCAAUUAAUGUGUCCAUUAUUCUAGAACUAACUACUAAAUCAACUGCCCAUUAUUUUAGAAUUUAUGGAUUCUUCUUCCAGGCACGUAUGUGCAGCUCCCGUGGAAACCAUCAAGAUCUGCCGACAGCAACGGCUGCUGGUUACCCUCUCCCCUGGGGUAACCAAUUUGAGUUAAUAAUAAGGAUUCUAAGUUGCACUUGAAUCUUUCCUGUCUUCAUCUCCACCGCUGCUGUUCGAGUCCAAGUCUACUCUCCCCUCUGAAUUCCUGCAACCACCUCCAUCUCCUCCCCUACAGCUGAUUCCUGGAACAGACCUGGCCUCAAGCCUCUGCUGCUUGAAGGCCUUAAUGAAGUCCUUAUGAUAAAGAUGAAGUCCAGGCACCUUUGCUUGCUCUAGCAGGGGCUCUCAAUCUGGGCUACCCGUGGGAAUCACGUGGGGUGCAUUACAAGUGCACCUGUGCCCAAGUCCUGCCACCAGGAGGUGAGUUAGUCGGGCUGGAAUGAGGGUCCUUGGUUGGAUCUUAUUUGUAAAGCUCCCCCAGGUGAUCCAAGCCAGCUUGGGACGAGCAACCUAAAGGUCACGCUCUACGCCCAUUGCCCCACCCCAGGAGCGGAGUGGGCCUCUGCGCCGGCUCCACCUGGCCCUUCUAUUACUCAUCUACAGCUCCGUGAUUUCAAGGCAUCCUUCCCACCCGUUUUUAGCUCGGCCGCAGAACUUCAUUGCAUAGUUGAGGUUCUUAACGUUGCAUUACAACCACGUUUUAACAGAUGAAUCCCUUGGAAGUAAGUCAGUACUCCGUGUCCGCGGGGUUCUGCAUCCGCGCAUCCACCCAACGGCGGGAAAAAGAAAAGCGGCCGGCUGCGCACGCACUGAACGUGCAGCUGCUUUCCCUUGUCAUUCGCAGAACCACGAGGUACUGCCAGGGUUUCCGCAGUGCCUGCGUCCUCUUGGCUGUUACAGGCCCUCCAGAGUGACGCCCGGCGCAGGAGGCCGCGCGCGCACCCCACGACCUCUUCCAGGGGGGCCUGGAGCAGCCCUCCGCACCACCGAGGGCCAGCUGUGCUUCCCGCCGCGCGUCCUGAGGUCACACUCCUGCCCUUUGCCGAACGCACCUGCGCCCGCGGAGCGCGGGGUGGGCUUGGGGGGCUCCGGACCGCUUUUCUUCCGGGAAGCACGCGGCGGGACGCGGGCUCCGGACUCCCUGGGGGCAGCCUUGCUGUGGGUGAACAAGCGCGGAGGCCGAGCUUCUUGCAAACGGACUCCAAGGAGCAACGACUUUCGCGCGUCACCAAAGUGACUGCCUGGGUGCCCAACGAGCCCGGCUCCUGCAACUCACGGGCGGCCACUGCGCAGGCGCCUCUCCCGGCUGGCGGCCCCGCCCUGCUCCGACUGGCUGCUCCAUGGCGCUGUGCGAGGCAGCGGGCUGCGGCAGCGCCCUGCUCUGGCCUCGCUUGUUGCUCUUCGGGGACUCCAUCACCCAGUUUUCCUUCCAGCAGGGUGGAUGGGGAGCAUCGCUGGCUGACAGGCUGGUCAGAAAAUGUGACGUUCUGAAUCGUGGAUUUUCAGGUUACAAUACCAGAUGGGCCAAAAUUAUCCUUCCAAGGUUAAUCAGGAAAGGAAACAGUUUGGACAUCCCAGUAGCAGUUACAAUUUUCUUUGGGGCCAAUGACAGUGCACUAAAAGAUGAGAAUCCCAAGCAGCACAUUCCCCUGGAGGAGUAUGCUGCAAAUUUAAAGAGCAUGGUACAGUACCUGAAGUCUGUGGACAUCCCUGAGAAUCGAGUCAUUCUCAUCACGCCGACCCCACUUUGUGAAACAGCCUGGGAAAAAGAGUGCAUCAUACAAGGUUGCAAACUAAAUCGCCUGAACUCUGUUGUUGGUGAAUAUGCCAAUGCGUGUUUACAAGUGGCCCAAGACUGUGGGACUGACGUACUUGACCUAUGGACCCUGAUGCAGGACAGCCAGGACUUCUCUUCUUAUUUAUCAGAUGGACUACAUUUGUCUCCAAAGGGGAAUGAAUUUUUGUUCUCGCAUCUCUGGCCUUUGAUAGAGAAAAAGGUCUCUUCUCUGCCUUUGCUGCUUCCUUACUGGCGGGAUGUAGCAGAAGCAAAACCUGAAUUAAGUCUGCUGGGAGAUGGAGACCAUUAGCCAAUCACAGGUGACCCAAAUCUGCUUGUUAUCUACAGAACUCAAAGUUGUCAAUACAUAGAGAUACGCUUUUUUCCUCAGGCUUAAACCUUUGCCACUGAUAUUAAUAAUAAAAGUAUUAGAUUUUUCAGGGAAGUGUUAUACUUAGGUCCAUUGUGUUUUGACAGUAUUUAUUAAUGCAGAUAUCAGUGCUACAGCUAUAAAAUAUACCCUGAGCAGCUUGUUAAUUCUAUAAAUGACAAAGACUAUUUUUUAAAAGUCACAAUUUUAUAAAAAUGGUUUUCUUACAUUCUUUUGAGAACUGUUUCACACAUACAUACACCCACACACCCCACUCAACCUUGUAUCAAAUUCCAAAAGUGUAACUAAAGUAUAAGAAUAUCAUGACUAGUUAAAAGAUAGCAAAUACCAUAAGGUACAAGUUCAAGUAUUAGUAUAACAAGUAUCUGAGUAACAAAUGUCCUUGGAAAUGGGGGGUAGGGGGAGAUAUGAUUAGUCACAGGUUUGGUUAAUUGCCCUCAAAGUUUACAUGUUAAAAUGUUUUGCCUGGUGAGCACAUUUCAGUUCUUAGGGGGAAAAAGCUUUUAAUGGCAAUUUAUCGAAAUCAGAAUUCAGGCUAAUGAUUUUUAUCCUUCACACAGUAAAUGCAGCCCAUCCAGAAUCCUGGAGCAAUAAAGUAAGAAGUAAUUCAAAUAUCUGCUUGUGGGUCAAUAAAAAGGGUUUCUGAAGUAUCAGUUCUUGUGGGGACAGCCCCCAACCCUAAGGGCAGGUAGUAUUCUGUCUCUUGGCUGGCUCACCACACCUCAGCCUAUUCAAAACAACCUGUUUGUUUUUUCUUUUUUUUUUUUU